CAGACUGUAACUAAUUUCGGCUUUUUGGCGCCAACAAAUCUGCUCGCAAUAUCGGAAGAGGUCAAUGGACACGGCGCGCACUCCGAAGCGCAAGCGACGGCGCCUGGAGUCGGGCGCGUCCCGGCGUGGCGGCAAGAAGGCGUCGUCUUCAUCCUCUUCAGCCAGUCGCACGCCCGGAUCGGGAGGCAGCGAGUCCAAAAUUGUGUGGAAAGACUCGCCUGCAGACAAGCAGAUCAAAGUGUCUGGCACAGGCAAAAUGGCUGUUCGAAGGGAGAUGCAGGGCUUUGUGGGUCGCUUAGCACGUGCCAGUCAACAGUCACCUCCUUCCACUAGCGAAGAGGAGAAGAAACCGGGUCGAGAACGGGUUCGCACGCGUCGGAAGGCGGCGCAGCAUGAAGAGGAGAAAGCGGCCUCAAGACACUUGAUGUUCAGUCCUCCUGAGAGAGGAAUCACAACGCAGGGAACACCCAAUACAGCCAGGAGGAGACGCUCCACCGAGAGAGGAGACUCACAAGACGAACUUUUCAACGUACUGGACCAGAUGGAGCAGAAAUAUGCCAGUCCCGACGUGACUCUACCUCUAACAAGCCUCACAGCAUUGUCUUGUAGGAGACCACAACAGCAGCAAUCGCUGCCGCCAUCUGCAACUGCUUCUUCUUCGACGGACGACGACGUGAAGAUGACGCCGACUCCAACUCCAAGCAACUCAUCGACCGGGACACAGUCGCCACGCUCAUUACGGACACAGGAAGCAGAUAAAUCACAGGAAAGGACUAGAAAUCAGAAGGUUGUCAAGACUCUGGAAACGAAAAGAUCCUUACCAAAACUUAUCGAACCUCAGCUCAUUACUUCAGCAUGCAAUCAUAUAGAAAAAAGAAGUCUGCUUGAUUGCAUAUUAACGUUUAAAACAUGAAGCCAUUCUAAUGUA